CAGCGCGCGCGAAGACCCGGCUUGCUUUUAACCCAGAUCGCUCCGGAUUGAAUCGGCGCCUCCCUGCUUGAUUAGUCGGCCUGAGCGGAGACUCUUCCUGGCUCCCCCCGCCCUUCAUGCCCUGGGGGCUUAUGGGCUGUGGGCCGGCUGCCAGCGCUGCCGGUGUAGGCUGCAGGUGAGGGCAGGUGAGGCUGGCGGCUUGUGGCGCAGCAAGCUGCCGAUGGAGAGCCGGCGCGAGCAUCCUCUGCAGCUCUUCUAAAAGUAGAUGUCUUUCCCGAUUGACUUCUCGGUAGCCAUGUGGACUCUGGGUCUCGGCGCCAUCGGGGCUGCUGUGACGGGGAUCAUCCUUGCCAAUACGGAUCUGUUUCUCACUAAAGCAGAAAAUGCCUCGCUGGAGUUUCUAGAAGAAAUUGAUCUCAAGAGUCUGGGCCAAGGAGAACAAAGAACAUUCAAAGCCAAGGAUCUGUGGAAGACGAACGGCGCUGUCAUCAUGGCGGUGAGGCGGCCUGGAUGAUUCUUGUGCAGAGAGGAGGCCUCUGAGCUAUCCUCUCUGAAACCCCAGCUGGAUCAGGUUGGGGUGCCGCUUUAUGCUGUCGUGAAAGAGAGCAUUGGGACGGAGGUGGCCGACUUUCAGCCAUAUUUCAAGGGAGAAAUAUUUCUGGAUGAAAAGAGGAAAUUCUACGGUCCUCAAAAAAGAAAGAUGCUGUUUCUGGCCCUUUUCCGCUGGAACGUCUGGAGGAACUUCUGGCGUGCUUGGCGGAGCGGCUACACGGGCAACAUGGAUGGAGAAGGCGUGAUCCUGGGAGGCGUGUUUGUCAUCGGCCCAGGGAGACAGGGACUUCUCCUGGAACACCGUGAGAAAGAAUUUGGAGACAAAGUUAGCCGGGAUGCUGUCCUUGACGCUGUUAAGAAGAUCAAAGCGCAACCUUUAGACCGUGGAGAAUAGAGCCCCCUUCCUUUUUUGUUGCAAAUGCUAAACGUUGCCACGCAAACGUGGGUCUUAGUCUCUGCCAGGUUCUCAAUUUCUCCCCAAUAACCUCAGCCUAAAGUCCACCUUCCUCGUAGCUCUUUCUGUCCGUUCUUCAGAUACCGCCGAGUCCUUCUGUCUUUGUCCUGCUGGGUUAAUGAAAGGCCAGAUCUGAAAUUGUUAAGGUCUGACCAAGAUCCUUUCCAGUUGGAACAAAACAUUCAGGUGUAUCGGGGUGUCAAGAGGAUGAUGGAAAGCUUAAUAAACAUUGUUUUGAAAGUUCAAA